AUGUUAAUUAUUAUAAAUAAGAAUAAAUUAUUGGUAAUAAAAAUGCAACUGCUGUGGUUGCUUUUUUGGACAAUACUGUGUCUUAGUUAUGGAAAACCGGAGGGUUCAACGGACAUUCCGUCUAUUUACUACACGGAACCCUCUAAUUUACCUGAUAAUAAUGUCGCAACAGAGCUCAAUGAAGUACCUGGUGGACACAUUAUUAGUGGAGAACGAAUACUCAAACGAUCUUCCAGUCCUUAUAUUUUAAAAGAAGAUCUUUUCGUUGAAAAGGAUGGACAACUAAUUAUUGAACCUGGUGUCGAAAUCAGGUUUGCGCCUAUGGUUGGAAUUACUGUACGAGGCGUUAUAACAGCCAAGGGAGAAUCAGAUGCUGAAAUAUCUUUAACAAGCUCAGAAACAUCGUCUGGUCAACCAGAGUCCCGAUCGAUUCGUCUGGUGGAUGGGCCAACUCCUCUUGAGGGUAGAGUCCAAUUAUUCCACAAGGGUUCUUGGCGGUCUGUCUGUACAAAUUCACGAAAUUGGACUCGAGCAGAUUACGAAAUAGCCUGUCGUCAGCUCGGAUUUCAAGGCGGAAAAUGGUCAGGCUGGUUUGACAGACAAUGGCCAGCUAGUUCGCGGUUACUCUACGAAGAGCCACAGUGCCGGGGUACUGAAUCAUCUCUUCAAGAUUGUAAACAUUGGUCAUCUCGACAGCUCGGUGCUGGUGUUUGUGAUUAUCAUCCUGACUUGGCAAUCACUUGUUUACCUUUCCACGAUGGUGCCAGUAAAGCAAAAAAUAAUUGGCGUGGUAUUCGUUUUGAAGGCGCCUCUUACGAUAAUCCUCUUACUCAAGAAAAUACUUUUUACGUACGACAAUCUAAAUCAAUUCUUCGACAUGUUACUAUCAAGUACGCGGGUACAGGGAGAGAUAAUAACGUGACAUCUGCUCUACAUGUGGUAGGUGUUCCACCUCGUAUGCAGUGGGUUUCAAUACUCUAUUCAUCUUUUACGGGUAUCAAUAUCACUUCACCUGAGGCUCCAAUUACUAUAACUAAUUGUACUGUUCGUAGCAAUCGAGGGUAUGGUAUUUACGUAAAUAGUUCAACGGGAUUAACACACAUUGACAAUUGUGUUGUAUUAGAUAAUGGAGCCGAUGGUAUAAAAUAUAUAAAUCACGAUGAAAAACCCGAUGAUAGACUCGAUAGAACAGAUAUUCAUGAUCUCUGUACACUUCCAGUUGGUAGUAGUCAAACUUUUCCCAUCACCGUGUCGAUGGAACAAAAUUAUUAUGCUUUAAAUUCAAAGGAAUGUCCUCAACGAAUUAUAACACUUCCAGGACACGUAUUGACUUUGCAAUUUUUACAAAUGAAAACAGAUCGAAAUGACAGCGCGAUAAUAGAAGUUUAUGACGGCACCAGUGCCAGUGACAAAUUAUUGGGACGUGUUUUUGUUAGAAACGGUACAUUACCACAGAGUAUUACAACGACUCGUCAUAAUUUGUAUCUUAAAUUUAAUGCUCAACCUCGUACACAAAUGAUUGCAUUUGUUAAGCUGUCUGCCGGUUAUAAAAAACUUUAUGAUUUAAAUGUUACCAGCAGCGCUAUUGCAAACAACAACGGACGUGGAAUAGCUGCUGAAAAACUUCGUUCACUUUUACAUGUUCACGAUACUUCGGUAUCUAAUAAUAAUCACAUUGCUGGAAUUCAUGUAUUUAAUGGUGUUCCAGAUGUUAACAUCACAUCCAGUAGAAUAUCAUAUAAUUAUGCUGCUGGUAUAAAUAUAACAGUUACAGGGGGUAAUCGAAAUAUAUCCCAUACAACUAUUUCAUCAAAUAAAGGAUAUGGUCUGGCUGUUUGGUUAAAUGACAGCACAUCCACAGAAUACUUGCAUUUUAAUCAAACAACAGUUGUUGAAUACUCGGAAAUAUUUCGGAAUAGAGAUAUUGGUGUACUUGUUGGAAAUUCAACUGGUUUAUCCUACGUUAAUAUAACCGGUAAUUGUUUCAACAGUAGCUCAGAUACCGCUGUACAAAUAGAAUCUAGUUGGAAAUACAAUCAAGGUACUAUGUAUCUUCAAAUAGGGCAUAAUGUAUUUAUUGAAAAUAAUAAACUCGGUGUUAAAUUAUCUCCGGUAUUAAAUAUAAAAGGUAAAAUUGAAUACAAUCAAUUUAGUCGUCAUAAUUAUGGAGGAUUACUUAUACGUAAUCCACUUUUUGAAGAAUUCAAUAUUUUACCAGCACACAUUAUUAUUCAAUACAAUUAUUUUGAUGAAAAUCGUGGAGUAUUUGUAGCCAGUAUUGGUUUAUCACCUUACAGUGAUGUACAAAAAAUAAUAUUUACACGAAAUUAUUUAAGAGAUAAUAUAAUUAAAGAGCCAUUUGAUCAACAACAGCAACAACAACAAAUAUCUAAAUUAAUUCCACGAUCUCGUGUCGCUGCUGUUUUAGUUAUUUCAUCAGCAAAUGUUGAUGUUUAUCGUAAUAUUUUAAAUAAUUUAUACUCUCAAUAUGAAAUUGGAUCGCAUUUAGAGGACCAAAGUAAAAAUAUUAAUUGUACAUACAAUUGGUUGAGUGAUAUAGAUGAAGAAAAAAUACAAGAAAGACUUUUUGAUAGAAAAGAUAGAUACAAUUUAGCUAAAAUAGAAUAUUUACCUUAUUUACUUCACAGUACUAAUCCAGCAACAAAUACAAUAAUAUCACGACCAACAUUUAUACCUAAAUUUGUUCAUCCAAGUACAAAUCUUGUUGGUGGUGAAGUUGACGGUUUAGAAAUACUAUCAGCUGGUGAAUAUAUCGUUGAACGUGAUAUAAAUGUAAGGCCUGGUGGUAAAUUGGUACUUAAGCCAGGAGUUACAUUAAAAUUUCCACCAGCUGUUGGAAUGAUGGUAGCUGGUAAAUUAGAAGCUCAAGGUAAAGGUCCUAGUAAUAUUAUGAUGACACUCAAGGAAGAAAUAUCUAUGCUAUUGUCCGAUGAAAGUAAUGAUACAAUUACCAAUGAUAAUAAUGAUGAUGGUAAUGGCGUGACUAUUAUUAUGGACGAUGAGAGUGUAACAAUGAUGACUUUACCGCCUGAUGAUGAUGAUGAUGAUGAUGAUACAACGGGAGGAAUACCAGUUAGACUGUUGGGAGGUCGAACAAAUCGAGAAGGAAGAUUACAAGUUCGUAUUGAUAAGAAAUGGGGUACUGUUUGUAAUUAUGGGUGGACUAUUAGAGAUGCUGCACUUGUUUGUCAUCAACUGGGAUUUACUCUUGAUCCAGAUGAUUGGAUUUUUGAGAGAUCAAAUAUACCAGACGCCGGAACAAAUGAAGAAAUAAUAAUGAGUAAUGUACAGUGUACUGAUGAUGAUAUUGAUAUUUCUAAAUGUAAAGCUGAAUUAUUUGAUGAUUUUGAGUACUCGUGUACUCAUGAAAAUGACGUAGGUAUUAAAUGUACAGAAGCUGCUUGGGCUGGUGUACGUCUUGGUCCACUGGCUGAUCGAAGUGAUUUGCAAUUUAUAACAAUAGAACGUGCUGGAUUAUUAGACUAUACAACAAAUUCAUUAAAACCAGCUUUACAAAUAGAUUUUGCUCGUCACUCUUUGGAGGGCAUUAAAAUCUCAAAUAAUCUUCAAGACGGUCUUGGAAUUAUUUAUUCAGAUAUAUUUUCAGCCUCUGCGGAAAAUACUGUUAAAAAUAGUUACUUUACAGAUAACAGAGGAAGUGGUAUAAGUUUUAAACAGCUUGGUUUAAAAAUUUCAAAUUGUAUUAUUGAAAAUAAUAAAAUAGCUGGUAUUAAACACAAUCCUGUAGUGUCUGCUGUUAAACAGAGAGAGUUUGCUGGGUGGUUUAUGCAAUACUUUGGUUUAUCUACUAUUGAUAAUCCAUAUCAGCCAAUAAUAAUACCCGAAAGAACUGAAAAUAUUGAUAUUUUAACUGGUGAAAUAAAAUACAUUGUUACUGCCAAGAGAACAGGUGAAAAUGUUCGACAUUUAAUUAACAUAAGAUGUGAAGCCCGUUAUGUUAUCGGUAUACAAUUACUUAAUCCAAUUGAAAAUCGAAGCACAGAACAGAUAUUAUUACACGAUUCACAGCAUAUCAAUCCAAAAAGUAAUAAUAUUUGGAAUGUAAAAAGAGAUUUAUCAUUAUUUCCCGUAUCUUCUAGUUCAUUUACUGUUAUUCUUGAAUAUAUAAGUGGAACAAAUGCAUUAGGCGGUGCAGUAUUUGUUGUAACAACAGUACCACGUCCUAUUCAAGAUAUACCUAAUCGUAUUGUUAAAGGACCAGUACCAACUCUAUCUAUAUCAAGAACUAAAAUAAAAGGUAAUAAAAGAGGACUAGUUACCUCGUACUAUAAUCGUUAUCUUGAUGAAUUAGGUGAUCAUUAUUUAAGAAAGGCUAAUGAAUCAAUACGUUUAGUUAAUUGUGAGAUAUCUCAUAAUCAAGAUGAAGCUAUCUAUGUACAUUCACCUUUAUGGAAUGUUUUAACGUCAAAUAUUUCCGAAAUUACAAUUCACAUUAACAAUACAUUAAUAACUGAUAAUGGUCGUGGUAUUGUACAGUUUAGUCGUGAUAUGAGAAAUUCAAAUAAUUUAUUUCACUGGGUAAUGCGUGAUAAUACAAUUGAAAGAAAUAAAAAUGGUGGAUUAGAUAUUUCUUUGCCGUAUGUAUGGCAGUACAAUGAAAAUUUCACCCACUCUUUGUAUUUUUCAAACAAUACUUGGCAAAAUAAUAAUAUGUUUGCUUUUAUUAUUGACGGUCAUUACUCAACUUUAAAUAUAACUCGUAAUAUAUUUGACAAUAAUAAUUGUAAAAAUGGUUUAAUAUCAAUACGUGGAAUGGAAAAAAAAAUAAAAAUUAAUCACAAUCGUAUUGAAAAAAAUAACUGUACCUGUAUGGUUGAAUUUAACAUAGACAGUCAAUCUGAAAUUUUAGGUGAAAUUCCAGCAAACUUUUAUUAUAAUACAAUAAAAUAUAAUAAUAAUUAUAACAAUAACAACAGUGAAAAUAAUUUACCAAGCUUUGUUGUUGGAUUUAAUGGAAUUCAAAAAGUUAAAAUAAAUAGAAAUUUAUUUGGUGAUAAUUAUAUGGAUUAUGAAUUGUUGGCUGGUAUUAGAACGGCUAAAAUAAAUAAUAAAAUAGAUGUAAGUGAAAAUUGGUGGGGUACGACGAAUGACACUAAAAUAAAAUCAAUGAUAUUUGAUUUUGAUGAUUGGAAUAAUCACGCAAUUGCUGAUUUUAAGCCUUAUUUAACGAGUGAUUCAUUUGAUUCAUCAAUUUCAGUUUCUUGGGAAAUGAAAAAAAUAAUAAAUCUCGACAAUUUCGGUGGUCGUAUUACUGACAAUGUUGAACUCUAUGCAAGAUCAGAGCCUUAUGUAAUUAAAUCAGAUAUAACAAUUAUGCCACAGGCUGUUGUUAAUAUUUAUCCGGGUGUAAUAAUGGAAUUUGCUCCAAAUGUUGGUAUUGUUGUACUUGGAACGCUAAACGCCGUAGGAGUUAAGGAACAUGAAAUAGUAAUGAGGCCAAUUAAAAAAAGAAAAGUUUAUGAAAAUAAUGAUGAGUCAAUAAAUUCAAAUAUUGUAAAAAGAUGGAAAAUUAUUGAUGAUGAUGAUAAUAAUAAUAAUAAUGUACCAAUGACAAUUCGUUUGUGUAAAGACAGAAAAUGUUCGAGUUCUAGUAAUGAAGGAUUUAUUGAAUAUUUUAAUCUUACAACUUUACAGUGGAUACCUUUGUGUGAUUCAAGAUUUACCGAAAGAAACGCUCAGGUUGCGUGUCGUCAAUUGGGUUACGAUCCUUUGAAUACUUAUGUCUCACACGAUCGCCGAUAUGAAUUCCAUCCAGGAUCUUUGACGCGUAUUUGGUCAUGGCCAGAGCCAAUUCAGUGUUUCGGUAAUGAAGAACGUCUUGAGGAUUGUAAAAUACGGUUAAAUGGACAAUUAUUUGGACAAAAGUACAAUUGCCCUUGGGACGGGGACUUUGUGUUUAUAAAUUGCGGUAAACGGAAUCUCGAUCCAAAGUAUGAAGAUUACUGGGGCGGGAUUCGAGUAGCAAAUAGUGAAUUUGAAAAUCAUCUCUAUGAACAUCGUUUUCAUGAUAUUGAAACUCAUGAGACUGUUAGACGAGUUGAAUCAAUAUUAAAGUAUAUAAAUAUUACCGGAGCAGGUAUACUUCACAAUGAAAAAUCACCAGCUAUUCAAGCAAUCAUGAAGAGUCCUAUAAUAUCUCAUGUUACUAUUGAAGAAAGCGCUUAUCAUGGUAUUAAUAUUGUAUCACCAAGUUAUACUGUUGAAUUAUUAUUUAAUAUUAUUAAUAAUUGUUUGGGUAAUGGUAUUAACGUAGCAUCACUUACCGGUGAAGGAAGAGAAGCUGAAGAAAGUUCAUUUACACCAUUAAAAGAUAAUAUUAACAUUCCUUAUAAUUUAUUCAGUAUGAUUGACAUGUGUGAUACUAUGAAAGAAAUAGAAAUAGAAGAAAGAGUUAUUAUUUAUUAUAAAUAUGAUAAUUAUCCAGUUAAUUGUGUUAAAAUAUUCAAGAGUGCAUACAGAGCUAAGCCAUUUGGCUUUCGUUUACUUCAAUUUAAUCUUUACAAUUCAACUGGUAAACAACAACCAGGACGUCCGGAUGCAAUAACUCUCUAUGACGGUGAUAUAUCAUGGAAUACUACUGCUCGACUAAUAACUAAUAUUGAAUACAACAGUAAAAAUAAUAAAAAAUUAUUUACAACACAAGGACCGAGUUUAAGUAUUAAAUUAUUGGCAAAUGGUGCCAGCGGUGUUCACGGUUUUAUUGCUGAAAUAGUAACACUUCCAAUUUCAGCGAUUGGCUUUAAUCGUGAUGUUCAGCAUAAUAUAUCAUACUCGGUUAUAUCUAAUUGUAAAGAAGGAGCUGUUAAAUACGCAAGCGCCGGUGAAGUUAACGCAAUAAUGACACUCGAGCGCAAUCAAUUUGUAAAUAAUUGUUAUAAAUUUUAUGGUAAUUUUACAACUUGUAAUGCUGCUGUAGUACUUGAUGUACAAAAUACUCAAUCACUCUACUUUAGAAAUAAUUUAAUUAGAAAUAACAAUGGUGGCGGUUUAUUUAUUCGUUCUGAUUCACGUGGAUCAGCGACAUCACUCAAAGGAUGGAUACACAACAAUUUAUUUUCUGAAAAUUUAAAUAAACCAGCGCUGUAUGUUGAAGGCCGUCAGAGUAGUCCUUAUCAAGAGAUUACGAUAUACCGAAAUUACUUUAUGAAAAAUUAUGCGCCCUAUGAUAAAAAUAUAAUACUUAAACAAGUUGUCAGCAAUAUGUCCUACAAUUAUUUACAUGCUAAUCUUGGUCUUCAUUUGUUGGAAAUAUCUGGAUUUGAACGUGUACGACUUCCUAUUUAUCAAAGUACAACUCAUAAUGGUUUUUACAAAAAUUAUGCAAUCGAUAAAAAUGGACGAAGUACAGUUGUUGCUGGAACACCUGGACAACAGAUAAGAGACCGCAGCGAUUCGCCAGAACUGCUUGUUGUCAAAUACAACCCUUAUCAUACAAGUAAUAAAUCUGUACUAAGUGGAAAAUGUCCUCCAGGUUGGGAUCUCGUUGGUGAUACUUGUUACAUAUAUAUUGGUGCUCCGAUGGACUUUUACAGUGCUCGAGAAUUUUGUCGAAUAGCAAAUGCGUCAAUGCCGUUUAUAAUGGGACAAUAUUUGGAGCUGUGGAAAUUUUUACGCCGACAACAAGAACGAUUCGAGUACUCCGAUCGGGUAUGGAUCCAACAGUUGGAGAAAGUAGAUCAGUGUACAACAUUUACAUAUCAGACCAUUGAAAUUGACCACUGCAGUCAACCAAGUCCAUUUAUCUGCGAAAUAGAUCCCCGGGUUUACAUAGAUCCACUGUCUUGGAGAAAAGACGUUGUUGCGAUAAGUGUUCUCGGUGCAUUUGGUGUAGCUAUCGCUCUACUGGCUUUUGCUAUCGGAUUUUGGAUAUCAAAGUCUAAAAAACGUAAAGUCGAAAGACUUGAAAGACGUAAUUCUAUUCGACAAUCAUUACAUUCAUUAAGAUCAGUAGGAUCUACCUCAGGUUUUACUGAAUUAGCCUACAGAAAAAAACCAGUCGCUACCAAGUCAACUGAUACACUGACAUCACGUUCGCUGGAUUAUAAAAAAAUGAUGAGCGGUGGAAGUCUUGAUUCAAUGGAUAAAUCACAAUUAAACUCAUCGAUUGAAGACAAUCACAGUUAUGAUGUAUAUGAAGCUCACAAUCCACGUUAUUCACCGAGUACAAGUGAUUUUAAGGAAACAUCUGUUAAUAUUGACAAAUAUCAAAAUUUGAAAACUCAUACUCACGUUGAUAAUCCAGUAUUUGAUUUGGCUUAUCGCAACGAUGGUUUUCGUAACCAUUCAACAUUUACAUCACAAUCAACGAGUAAUUGGCCAUCAAUGGCUAAUACCGAUAUUACGCCUGAUAAUAAUAAUGAUGACAAUAAUAUAACAAUAACUCCACCGCCCCCACCUGACCAUCAUCAUCAUCAUCAUCAUCAUCCGUAUCAUCCGUAUCAUCAUAGUAAUACAACUUCAACAUUACCGUUAAAUACAAGUUUAGCAACAACUGACUCGAUAAGUGAACUUAAGCGUGAUAUCGAAUUAGCAACUCCGGUAUAUACUUCACCAACAGAGUUUAAACGAUACGGCAGCCAAGAAGGAUUGGAUUAUGGUAAUAGCGGUGAUUCACCAACAACACCCAUUUCCGAGCCUGUUCCAGUAUAUUUUUCACCGGUAAUACCACCUCAAACGUAUUAUUACAAUCAACGACCGGCAAGUGGUACGUUACUUGAGACAAAUCUUGAUAGCGCAGCCUGA